AUGAAGGAUCAGUACGCAUCAGAAGACAACAGUAGAAGCGGCCAAUCCCAUGGCAACUCCACGUAUGUUUCAGAAUCAGGUUUCAAUUCUUCUUCGGAUGAGUUCAACCUCAAAAGAAAGGCCGAUUCACCCACUAGGAACCUUGAUUAUGUUGCAAUGCGAGAACACAAGGCUGUAAAUCGAUCAAAACUCUUGGUGGCAUUGUUCCUGUUCCUUGCGGCCUGUGCAACCGCCGCUGCAACCUACCUGUUUGUCGAGCAGCAAGAGCGAAACGACUUUGAAGAUCAGUUCCGAAGUCAAUCGCAUGAAAUUGCGGCCGUGACAAAGCAGAAAACGGAUCAACUUUUCAACGCCUUGAACUCAUUCUCGAUUAGCGUUGCGUCAGAAGCGAAAGCAACAGACCAAGCGUGGCCUUUUGUCACAAUCAGUGAUUGGUCGAGGAAGGCUCUGGCUUUGGGAGAGCUCAUCGGUGUACCUGGAGCCACCAUUGCCUUCUGUCCUGUAGUCAAGCCUGCUGACAUUGGGCAAUGGACAUCCCAUACUAUGGAGGAUGCUCCAAAGAUUUACCAAGACGCUAUUGACACUGAAGGCUUCAACAUGACUAUUGCUGAACUCAUGACCAAGACUACUCCGUUGAUUUUCCAAUAUGACAUGGAAACCUAUAGUCUCAUCCCAUCACAAGAUACGGCCUUGCCUGUGUGGCAGAGCUAUCCAUUCGCGAUGGAACCAACGACACAACGCACCUACACAAAUAUUGAUAUGAUGGCAUUCAAACAAUUCAGCGACAUCUUCUUUCUGACGAAUGCUACCUUAAAUACUACCAUCGGCUUUUCUGAGAUGCUAAUAGAGAAGGGUGGCGGAUCAUCUCUACCAAUCGUUUCGAGUCAGAUCAUGCAACCCAUAUUUGACACAACUGAUACAAGAGCAGAAGACAGGGAAAUGGUUGGAGGGGUCUGGUUGACGAUGGAAUGGACGAAGUACUUCGAGAGCUUCUUCACCGACGAAACUGAUUCAAUUACACUUGUUCUCGUGAACAGUUGCCCAACUUACAAUUUGAAUAAUGAAGAGACUUUCAGGGAAGAAGAGGUGACUGUUGUCAGCUACGAGAUCAAUGGACAAGAAGCUACUUAUCUGGGCGAGUACGAUGCACAUGAUCCCCAAUAUGACGCUCUUGAAGUGACAUCCAUUCUCGUGGACCUUGAUAUAGAAUCGUCAAGCAUUCCCAGUGGUCAGUGCAUCCCCAAACUUUCACUUCAUCUCUACCCAACCGAACAAUUCGAGGAAACUUUCCACACCGCGAAACGAUUUCUAUACACUGGGGUGAUCAUUGCCAUCUUUGUUUUCACAAGUUUUGUCUUUCUGCUGUACGACUACUUUGUUGGAAGAAGACAGAGAAAAGUCAUGGAUCGCAUCAUCAUGCAAGACCAACUUGUGGCAAAUGUUUUCCCCACAGCUAUUCGGAAUCGGCUAUACGAUGGCAUGGGAAAAUCGGGGCGACCUGGUGGAAAUUUCGUUGACGGGUUUGACAACGACUGCGAGGCCGACAAAGUCACCAAUGGAGCACCGAUGGCAGACUUAUUUCCCAACACAACCAUUAUUUUUGCUGACAUUUCUGGUUUCACGGCGUGGUCAUCUGCCCGAGAACCUCAGCAAGUCUUCACGUUGCUUGAGACUAUCUAUGCGACGUUUGACAGAGUGGCGUAUCGACAUAAUGUGUUUAAAGUCGAGACGGUUGGCGACUCCUAUGUUGCAGCAACUGGUGUACCAGAACCAAUGAAAGAGCAUGCCGUGACGGCGUGUAAAUUCGCUCGCGACUGCUUGAAGAAGAUGAAAGAGAUUACAUUGAAACUCGAAGUAUCUCUUGGUCCAGAUACAUCGGACUUGAAACUAAGAGUUGGUAUCCACAGUGGUCAAGUUACAGCUGGUGUAUUGCGAGGUGAACGCAGCCGCUUCCAGCUAUUUGGAGACACGAUGAACACAGCGGCUCGUAUGGAGAGUACCGGAAGGGCAAACUGCAUUCAGAUCACAGCGGCCACUGCCGACUUGCUGAAGGAGGGUGGCUUUGAAAACAUGAUCAUACCACGUGCAGAAAAGACAUUCGUCAAAGGCAAGGGCGAAAUGCAAACCUACUGGCUUCGUUCAACGAAUUCGAAGCGCGUCAGAGCAAUGGAUACUGCUCAUCGAAUCGAAUCGACGAUUAGCGAAGAAGAAACGGCCGACUCCUCCUUCAGUGCUUCUGACAGGGCGGAUGACCUUUUUGACAUGAACGGCGUGGAUAGUAUGAACAAAACACAACGCCUCGUUGAAUGGAAUGUUGAAGUGCUCAUGUCAUUGCUGCAGCAAAUUGUGAUCUCGAGAGGGGGAUCUCGAAAGAGCAUCAAACCUCUAGAGGUUGCCGAAUCCAACAUUCGUUCUGGACAAACCAUAUUGGAGGAGUUCGUACCCAUCAUUCAUUUGAAGAGACUAGACAAUGAUUCAGUUGACCCUCGGCAAAGCCCAAUGAGUGAGAUUGCUAUUGGGGAUGAUGUGAAAUCAGAGCUACGAAGCUUCCUCGCGAAUAUUGCUCAGAUGUACACAGAUAGCAAUCCAUUCCACAACUUUGAGCAUGCUAGUCAUGUUACGUCAUCAGUGAAGAAACUACUCAAACGCAUCGUGAACGUUGACCCUGAGAAUGGACUCACCCAGCCGAAUGCGAGCAGCGAAGUCAACAUGGUCGACUUGGCCGGUCAUUCCUACGGUAUCACUUCCGAUCCGCUGACCCAGUUUGCUGUCGUGUUUGCUGCCAUCAUUCAUGACGUGGAUCAUCCAGGUGUACCAAACACCCAGUUGGUGAAGGAAGGCGCUCCGAAUGCAGAGCUGUACAAGAACAAGUCUGUUGCGGAACAGAAUAGCGUCGACAUUGCAUGGAAGAUUCUGAUGGAGAAAGAGUAUGAAUUAUUGCGAAGCUGCAUCUAUCAAACUGAAGGAGAGUUGUGCCGUUUCCGCCAACUGGUGGUGAAUACAGUCAUGGCGACUGAUAUUGUUGAUAUGGAACUUCAGGAGCUACGCAAGGCGAGAUGGGAAACGGCCUUCUCCUCGGACGUUUCCAAUCUGCGAAGUGAUGAUGACAGCGAGGAUCGAAAGGCCACUAUUGUGAUUGAGCACUUGAUCCAAGCAUCAGAUGUUGUGCACACAAUGCAGCAUUGGCAUAUUUACAAAAGCUGGAACGAAAAGUUCUUUUGCGAAUGCUACAAAGCCUACAAGUCUGGUCGAGCGGAUGUUGAUCCAAGCAUCAACUGGUACAAGGGAGAAAUUGGUUUCUUUGAUUUCUAUGUGAUUCCUUUGGCGAAGAAGCUGGACGACUGUGGUGUGUUUGGGGUAUCAUCUCACGAGUAUUUGAACUAUGCUAUGGCGAAUCGGGACGAAUGGGUGCGAGACGGUGAAGAGCUCGUGAAUCAGUUUCUGGAAAACUACAAGGCCAAGACGAGUGAGGGGGGAAAGUAA